AUGCUCUUUACAGUUUCCACCGUCGCCGCCCUCAGCGCCUUGGCAUCCGCGUACGAUCUCCCCGAUAAUCUGCGAUCAAUCUACGAUGCUCACAAGAAUGGUGACUGCAACUCCGCACUAUCCGGCGCCAUGAACACCGGCGCCGUCUACUGCGGCGACAUCCCCAACGCCAUCUUCCUCAAGGGCAGCAACGAAUACGACAACAUGGACAUCGACUGCGACGGCGCCAACAACUCCGCCGGCGACUGUGCCAACGACCCCAGCGGCCAGGGCCAGACCUCCUUUGUCGAUACCGUUUCGCAGUACGGAAUCCAGGACCUGGAUGCGAAUAUCCAUCCGUACGUGGUGUUCGGCAACGAGGGCGGCUCCCCGUCGUUUAACCCCCAGGACCAUGGGCUGCAGCCGCUGAGUGUCAUGGCCGUAGUCUGCAAUAACCAGGUGUUCUACGGCAUUUGGGGUGACACUAAUGGCGGAACUUCCACGGGUGAGGCGUCCAUUUCGCUGGCGAAGCUGUGCUUUCCGAAUGAUGGGCUCAAUGGGGAUAAGGGCCACGGGGAGAAGGAUGUUUUGUAUAUCGGGUUUCCGGGGGAUGAGGCGGCUACGGGGAAGGAUGGCGCGAAUUGGACGGCGGGGAGUACGCAGGAGUUUGAGGACAGUAUUAAGGCUUUGGGGGAUAAGCUUGUUGCUGGAUUGCCUGCGUAG